CGAAGAAUAUAAUGGGGAUGAGACCGUAAAGACCACCAAAAGUAAUAAAAAGCCAUCUCAUUUUGGGUUGUCUUUCAAGUUUCAACAUGAGACGUGAAGGAGUAAUAAAGUAAAGAUAGAUUUGCAAAACAAUAAGAAGAAAGGGAUUAGCAGCAAUUGCAGUGAGCUUCAAAUUUUAUUGAAUCUUCCAUUUUUCACAUCGCCCCUUGAGAUCUUCAUUAUCAAUUUAGCUCAUUGCAGGGAUCUUGUGUUCUUUGCAUGGCAAAUUCCAAGGGGGCAUCUAGCAUGAGAAAUAUGGUGUACAAUGGAAAGAGCUCUUUACUGCCUCCUAAAAGUCCGUUUCCUAGCAUAUCUCCCUCGUAUGUUGAUUAUGUCCCUAGUUCUGCUGUCACCCAAAAAGGCAUUUCAAAAUCUAGAGAUGGUUCACACCAUCAGCGCACUUCUUCUGAAAGUUGUCUUAUAGAGGAGCAACCAUCUUGGUUGGAUGAUCUUCUUAACGAGCCGGAAACUCCAGUACGCAGAGGUGGCCAUCGACGUUCAUCUAGUGACUCCUUUACAUAUCAUGAUGCUGCUAACAUUGCAAACUUAGAUUACAUAGCUCAAGAUGAUAACAAAUUCAGAAAUUUAACUCCUGUCCCUUCCUGGGGAUCCCAAGACUUUGAUUAUUACAAAGAUGCUCGGCAUGCCACAUUUCAUGUUGAUCAAAACUUCUCAAACCGACAAAAGAAUAGGGCAAGGGAUGCUUCUCCAAAUGCAAUACAACAUCCCCGUGGCCGGCCCCCUUUUAGGGAAAAUGUCAAGACUCACAGCUUGGGAGCAUCAUGUCCUCCACAAGAAGGAGAGAGGCCCAAAUCUGCAGGAAGCGACAAGCAGGAUUUAGUUGAAUCUGUCCCUCCUAAUCCAGUGGGAUCAGGUGAAAAAAAGGAUUCUUCUCACAGCAAGAGUUCUGCAUCAGAAAGUGACACGAAACGUGCAAAGCAACAGUUUGCUCAACGAUCGCGAGUUCGGAAGCUUCAAUACAUAUCUGAGCUGGAAAGAAAUGUACAAGCUCUGCAGGCUGAAGGUUCUGAAGUGUCCGCUGAGCUUGAAUUCCUUAACCAGCAGAGCCUUAUUCUAAGCAUGGAGAAUAAAGCCUUAAAGCAGCGCUUAGAAAAUUUAGCUCAAGAACAGCUGAUAAAGUAUUGUAAGUUUCUUCUUUAUCUGUCAUACUUUAUUGUUGUAUCUGCUAUUUCCAGCGCUUGAAGUGGUAUUAAAAAG